GUGUGUUGCUUUUACAGGAGAGUAAGACUUGAGUCAUGCGAAGAUUCAGAACACGGUAAACGUAUUGUGCGUGCGUAAACAAACCCACGGGCCUCCGGUUCACCGUCUUGUGGCUCUUUGACUCACAGGCUUCCAGGGAUGGAGUCGAUGCCCGGACAGCUUCGAGACGCGGGACGAGACGCCAGCUCUUCCCCGAGUUUAAAGCAGGACGCGCAGAGCUUUUCCAGCCCCGGCUCCCUCAAACCGAACCAAGUGAGUGAGACGUCCCUGUACGGGGUGCCCAUCGUGUCUCUGGUCAUAGACGGCAAGGAGAGACUGUGUCUGGCGCAGAUUUCCAACACCUUGCUGAAAAACUACAGCUACAACGAGAUACACAACCGCCGGGUGGCUCUGGGCAUCACCUGUGUGCAGUGCACGCCGGUGCAGCUGGAGCUCCUGCGCCGGGCCGGGGCUAUGCCCAUUUCCUCCAGGCGCUGCGGCAUGAUCACCAAAAGGGAGGCCGAGAGGCUCUGCAAGUCCUUCCUGGGAGCGCACAGCCCGCCAAAGCUACCAGAAAAUUUUGCAUUUGACGUGUCUCACGAGUGCGCGUGGGGCUGCAGGGGCAGCUUUAUACCAGCCAGAUACAACAGCUCCAGAGCGAAGUGCAUAAAGUGCAGCUUUUGCAACAUGUAUUUCUCUCCCAAUAAAUUCAUUUUCCACUCCCACCGCACCCCAGAGUCCAAGUAUCUGCAGCCGGACGCGGCCAACUUCAAUUCGUGGAGACGCCACUUGAAACUGACGGAAAAAAAACCCAAUGAGGAUAUUUGCCACGCGUGGGAGGACGUGAAGGCCAUGUUCAACGGGGGGAGCAGAAAGAGGACUCUGCCCAUGAGCGGCUCGGGGAUGUCCUCGGCCAUGAAAUCACAGGCUUCGUCCAGCCUGGUUCAAAGCACCUCCCCGGAGAUCCCCCACAAAACAUUGCGCUGCGACGAGGAUCAGGGGAGCAACAACCUGAGUCUGGCGAGGGGCGAACGGAGUUACCCGGUCAUCCCGGUGCCCAGCAAGAGCUUUGGCAUGCUCCAGAAAAUCCCCCCACCUCUGUUCCCUCACCACCCCUACGGCUUCCCCAGUUAUGGGCUGUGUCAGAAAAAGAGCGACGGGGUGCCUGACGCGAACAAAAACAACGUCCCCGGUGUGUUUUGGCCCGGCACAAAGGAUCCGAUCUACCCGGCCUUCCCCAUGUUUUGGCCUGGAGCUGGAGGCCUACCGAUGCCGCCCUACCCGGGCUCCCCACCCAAACCUCCCCCGGAGCUGCUAAGCGUCCGGCAGGCCGAGCUCGACCUGUCGGACCAGAGCGAGAGGGGCGCGAACACACCAAAAGACACCAACCACCACCCUCACCACCAGCAGGACGGUGGAGAGCGCUGCUCCAGCUCCCAGUCCUCCUCCACCCGGAACGACGAGGACAAGUCCGGGGACGAAACCUCUCAGAGGAAAAUCAGCUACAUCUCCGCCUUCAGACCCGUCGUCAAAGACGCAGAGACCAUUGCCAAACUGUACGGCAACCGGGACUCCUACGGGAUGCGCCCCGGCUACCUGUCCCCGGAUUUUAUCAGCGAGAGCUCCAGCUACAGAUCGAUAUCACCGGACAGAGACAGCGUGGUGGACGACGACGACGACCCGGACGUGGACGUGGAGUCCAACCGGGGACAAGACGAAGAGGAGCCGAUCCGGAUAUCACCGGGAGGAGACCACCGCGACUCCCCUGUACCGGAGCGGGUGUGCUCGGGUGCUGAGGAGAGUCAGGACCAGGCCGAUGCAGCCUCAAGCCCCGGGGCGGUCGCAGCAUCACCGGAGGACUCCGCUCACACUGGGUCAUCGGAUGAGGACAGACAGAUGCGUAAUGGCUCCCCUCUUCAUGAAGUGUACGCUCAUGAAAAGGACGUCCACGUGCUUUUGAACGAGCCUUCCACGUUUGGGUCCAAACAAUCGAGCAGCCCCCGCAGAUCAAACGGUGUUCACCACGUGUCUGAAAUACAGACCCAGCGCACUGCAACGUCCUACCAGGAGCAGAAGGACAGACAAGCCGAUGGAGCUUUACGCAUCGACAUCAGCGUGCACGAAAGAGACCUGCAGAACAUGGCUAAAGAGGAAUUGCAGAAGCAGCUCGUGGAACAAGUGGAGCUGAGGAAGAAGUUGGAGAGAGAAUUCCAGCAUUUAAAAGAUAAUUUUCAGGAUCAAAUGAAGCGUGAGCUGUCCUACAGAGAGGAAAUGGUCCAGCAGCUGCAGAUUGUUCGAGACACUUUGUGCAGCGAGUUGGACCAAGAGAGAAAGGCUCGUUAUGCAAUACAGCAGAAGCUAAAAGAAGCUCACGACGCCCUUCACCAUUUCUCCUGCAAGAUGCUCACCCCCCGUCAGUGCACCGGAGCCUGCACCUUCAAACCCCCGCUGCUGCCACCCUAGUGCCUGGCACGACACAGCACCUGACCCCAGCGCAGCCCAAAAAAAAUAAAAAAAUAAAAAUAAAAAAAAGCAACACAUAUACACACACACACACACAUACAUAGAUAUGAACACAAAGGCCCGCCUCAAGAGCUCUCACCUCCCACCAAGGAGCACCAACCUGCUGUACAGAUGCACUGCUGAUUUUAGCACUUGACUUGAGCAAACCCUUCGAGACUCAGAGGAGAGGGAUUUGACGCCUCCUCAAAAUAAUAAAAGCAAAUGAAUAAAACUGAACUCUUCUAUUAGAGAGAUCAGGGUUUGCUCACACACAGAGUUUAUGUUGGGAAUCACAGGAUUGUAGACGUGAAGCUGCAAAGCUCAAACCAAGGAGUGUCCCCGAGUCAAAGCUGUCGGCUCUUUAGCUAUUCUGAAAAGAAGAAGAAGAAGAAAAAGAACCCAACACUAUAUACAUACAGUAUAUAUAUCAUGUGACGAUGUGCAAUGUACAUUUGUGAUAUUAAGUUCAAAAUGUAUCUCAUUGUUUAGAUUUUGUUGCUUGUUUGAAUAUGUUGGAUUUUUACAUAUGUUUGUUAUUUAUCUGUACUCGAUUUAACUUAUUGUUUAGAUGAUUUGUAACACUGUAUGUGGUUAAGCACUUUAAAUGGGCACAAGUCAUGAAUUUGACCAAAUUCUCUCAUCAGAUCUACGAGUAUGUUUAUGGUUUGAAUAAAGCACAUUAUUAUUGUUAUUACGAGCACUUAACUCAGCAGCCCUUCAGGUUUCA